CGUUAAACCGCUCAAAUAUGAAACACUUAUGACUUGUCGCCGCGUCAUUCGAGUAAUUUUCUUUUCUUGGGCAAUCCCUGUCGGUUUUGUGACAACUUCGCUUUUUUUCGCUUUUUAUGCCACACUAGAUUCAAUAAUUAUUUUCAUAUGCAUAUGCACAAUGAUUUUCGAGAUAGCUUCACUCUGUAUGUUAGUAUUCUUCUUCGCCUCCAUGGUACAUGUGGUGUACAAACACGAUCGACUAGCUGCCAGUUAUGCGAAACAAUUAAGUUUCAACCACCGGGUUUUGACGUUCAACUCACGCGACAAGUCUGCAGUGACAAUGAUGUCGAUUGUUCUGGGAAUAUUUGUGAUCUGCUACGGAAUAUAUCUUCGCUGUGGUUUUGUAUAUAUUUUUACUCAGAAAUCGUGUAAUGAUUUCCAAUAUAAAACGCUUGUAUUAGUAUUAAACUCCGGCAUCAACCCUUUGGCCUACGCUUUUUUCAAGAGAGACUUGAAGAAGAAGAUUAAGAGACUUCUCUGCCGGGGAGAGAUGAAAUAAAGGAAGCUGUUGUUUGAAGAUUUGCUAACAUUAUUCAUGAAUUUGUUGCUGUAGAGUUGAACCUAAGAAAAGAGAAGAAAGCAAAGGGUAGAAAACUUAUAACUAUUUUGUAUACAUUUUUCAACGACGCGACAGGUGGAACAAUCUCUAUGCCAGUCAUCAACUGUCAAUGACACUAAUGUAAAAAGUGCAAAAUGAUAAUCGUUUACAUUGGAGAAUUGUUUAUGAUGAGGGGGCGGCAGACCGUUCUAGAUAUUUUAUCUUACACCGAGAGUAGUUACAUAGCCGUACAAAGGUUUUUCCGUCUCCCUGUCUCGCCCUUGAUAAAGCUGGAUAUGGCGAAACCAAAUUAUAUGGUUCUUUCAUUGUUUAAAGAAAGUUUCAUAUAGCCGCUAAGAUUUACGGACUUUGUUUCGCACAAAUUUACCUUUUGAACUAUUUCGAAACCCUACCCUAUAGUCGUAACUGUGUUGCUCUAGCUAUUUCUUUAUAAAUGCGAUAAAAUUACACCAGUUAGUAUUGUUAAUAAUGUUUGCGAGCUUUCCCCGCAUCGGUGGCCUUUAAGCGAAAAAGGAUCUAUUAAUAAAACUCCCAGGA